AUGGACGACUCGCAAGAUGUUGAUCUCUGGGCACCAUUCACCAAGGACACUCUAUUGGAGGUCCGGACAAGCACUAUGAAAAAAAUGCCAGGUUUGGAGAUUGAAUCAGGCAUAGAUAAGAGCUUGCGGGAUGGGCCCAUUCGUGUGUCAUUUCUUGGACUCGAGGAUGACGAACAUGACCCAACAUUUCAUGGUGGUGUAGACAAAGCAAUUCACGGGUACUGUUCAUCACAUUAUCCUGGAUGGCGGAAAGAGUUUCCUGCUGCAGCAGAUCGCUUUACGCCGGGCGGCUUCGGGGAAAACUUCGUCACCAAGUACAUGAAUGAGCGCAACGUCUGUAUUGGUGAUGUUAUUGCCGUCGGCGAUGAAGCCGUACUUCAGGUCAGCCUGCCCCGGCAGCCAUGCUUCAAGUUGAAUCACCGUUUUCAGCUUAAGAAUUUCGCACCGAACACAUACAAGACUAGUAGGACUGGCUGGUAUUACCGGGUUCUUAAAGAAGGCACUGUCAAAGCUGGCGACGAAAUCAGGCUUGUCGAACGUAAGUGGCCAGAUUGGACCAUAGAGAGGGUGCAAGAGUUUUUGCAUAGAAACCAAAACGACCUGGCAAUGAACGAAGAGCUUGCUGGGAUUGAGGAACUGGGAAAAGAAAGCCGAGGCGCAUUUCAGCGUCGUGUGGCAAAGGCGAAGAUACAAGAGAAAACGACCAAGGAGAAAGGAGAUGUGUGGCGCGACUACAAGAUAGUCAAGAAGACGAAGCAGACGCACCGAAUCAUCUCUUUUGUUCUUGAAGCAGUGGCCGCGCAAGCAGACUCGGAGGUUGCCAUGGAAGGCGCUCAUACAAAAGUCCGACUCCCCAGUGGACUGGUGCGGUCCUACUCCAUCGUCUCUGGCGAACCCAACAAAUUUGAGCUCGGCAUUGCUCUCGAAGAUAAGAGCCGCGGGGGUUCACGCUGGUUUCAUGAAUCAGCCAAGGUUGGCGACGUAGUUCAGGUUGGCCGAAUCACCACAGACGUAAAAGUUGCCAGCGCGUCGAGCAACCACGUCUUCAUUGUCGGCGGUAUCGGCAUUACUGCAUUUCUCGCCCUUCUCGAAGGCUACCACGAGGUUCAUUACAACUUUGAGCUGCAUUAUGCCGUGCGCUCUUCCUCCGACCUGCCGUUUCACUCGCGCCUUGAGCCUUUUGGCAAAAGUCUCCGACUAUACGACAGUUCUAAGCAUGAAAGAAUGAACAUCAGAGAAAUAAUGCAGAAUCUUAAGUGGAAUAGUCACGUCUACGUCUGCGGGCCGUUGCGGAUGAUGGAGGAAGCGAAGAAGGCGGCGAUGGAGUGUGGCCUUGACGAUAACGAUGUUCACUAUGAGGCAUUCUCCGCGGAAACGACAGGCGACCCAUUCGAAGUGGAAGUUUCGAAUCGGGACGGCAUAGUAAUCAAGGUUAGUGAAGAGGAGACGCUUUUGGAGGUGCUCAAAAGGGAGUUUGGGGACAUGGAGAGUAGUUGUGAAGUUGGUAACUGUGGGACUUGCAAGGUCGCGUUGAAGGAUGGCCGGGUUGAUCACAGGGGCACAGCGUUAGCUCAAGAAGAAAAAGCUGGAUCGAUGUUGAGUUGUACAACGAAAAGUCAAUUCUUGGUGUUUGGUACCGCGUGUCUUUGCUACACUACCGCCAAAAUGUCUCCGGUCGAGUCGCAGGGAGAUGGCUUCGUCACACUCCCUGUCAAAAUUCCAGCGCUUCCAUCUUGCCCUGUCAACGCCCUUCACGAGAUUCGCGUCCGACGUAAUGCACCCAAGAUUCCUACUGAGAUUGACGACCGGAGUCUCUUCUUGAAAAAUGUCCCCGUCGACAGCACCGAGGCUCAUUUUCGCCAAAUUUUCGCGGCUCUCGUAGGUCCUGGCCGCUUCGAGGGUAUCGCAUUCGAGGAUGAACGCAAAGCCGCCGCCGCCAUCGACCCGGCCCAGGCCGUCAAGGUCUCGAAUUUCGGCAAGAAGCGCAAGCGCGACGAGCAGGAGGCCGAGGACCGAGCCAAAGAGGAAGAGAUGGCACAACUUCCGGAUGUAUGGACGAGGAGGCUCCGUAAAAGCGGCAGCAGCGCUAUCGUCUUGCUAGCCGACGACAAAAGUGUUGAGCUUGUGCUGAAGGCUAUCAAGAAGGCCAACAAGUCGAAGAAAUACCCUGUUUGGGGCCAGGGCGUCUCUGAAGACCUGCCCGAGCUCGGAUCGCAAUGGAUCUCAGCCCACCUGCAAUUGUCACGCUGCGACAAGACAGCAACGCAGAAGUCUGUUCACGCCUUCUUCAAUGUCUUCAACCGUAAAGAGAAGGAGGCGCAAGAGAUGGCUAAGAGGCUGCGCAACGAGCCAGACGAAGAUGGGUUUGUUACCGUCACCCGCGGCGGCCGUGCCGCGCCAGCCAGCAAAAACGAGGCCGAAGAGGCCCGGCAGAAGAUGGUGGACAAGGCGGCGAAGAAGAAAUCCGAGACGACGGAUUUCUACCGUUUCCAGCUGCGCGAGCGUCGCAAGGCGGAGCAGGCAGCUUUGAUGAGGAGAUUCGACGAAGACCGAAAGAAGGUUGACGCAAUGAAGGAAAAACGCGGAAAAUUCAGACCGGAAACAUGA